UGUCUAUGGUUCGUCGUUUGUUUAGGGAUGCACGUCGUCGGAAAUUUACACCGGAUGUAAAUAAUAUAAAAACAUAAGGGACCGUAGCCGUCAGACUGGCAUUUGCUUAUCAUCCGUCGCAAAUACAUUAUAUUUACAAAAAUGGCACUGGUUUAUACGAGACUCCUGUGCCGGCGCAAUGUCGAUUUCCGACAAUUUCGAUGCUUGUACAAGUGCAGUCCGCUCAAUGCGAAUCCCACCGCUUCGCCGAACAUGAUCGCAUGCGAGUCUCACGACGAGAGGAACAUGCGCCUGAAGAGACCGAUGUCGCCACACUUGCAGAUCUACCAGAUACAACUGACAUGGGUGCUUUCAAUAACACAUCGUAGCACUGGCAUGAUGCUGUCCAGCUACGCGAUAUUCCUUGGCCUAGGUACGUUGUUCAUACCGGGAGGCAUACCUUGCUUCAUAGAAACGGUACAGAAUUUGUGUCUACCCACGUCUAUCUUGUUCGCUGGGAAAACGUUACUCGCACUGCCUGCCACUUUCCACACAUUCAACGGAUUACGCCAUUUGAUGUGGGACUUGGGACAGCUUCUGACAAUUAAGGAAGUAUACAGUACUGGAUACUUAGUAACCGGACUGUCGGUAAUCUCCGCGCUCGCGCUCGCAAUGAUGUGAGCGUAUUGUUCGUCACACGAUUCUUCUAUUAAAUUAGCUGUUUUCGCAGACUACUUCAAGUUUGAUCGAGUUGUAUUAAUUGCAUAAAUAACAGAAUAAUAUAAGUUAUUAAAACU